GAGGCUGCAACCUGAUUGGAACCCCACAUUGAAGUGAGCCAGAGUGAAUUCGUGACGUGCCUGCAAACUGCGCCGAUCAAACUUACAGCAUCUUUGGGCGCGCAGAAAGCUGAGCCUCACGAUUCAAUCUGCACUUUGGGCGCGCCCAAUUCUGCCUUCACAAACCGUAAAGCCACACCCUUUCUAUCCUUCCUGGCCCCCAGCAUCAUUUGUAUCAACUCCAGCCAGCUUUUCCUCGUCAAACUUUAAGCGAAUUCCCGAUCGCAGCGAGCAUCAUGUCGGACGCCGAACAGCCAGAAGACGUUCCCAUUGUCGACCAGGAUGCCAAGAACGAGGGCGAUGUCGACCCCAACGAUGAGGAAGAGAUCACGGCCAUGAAGCGCCGCGUGAAAGAGAUGGAGGAGGAGGCUGAGAAGCUACGGGAGAUGCAAGCUUCGCUCGACAAGCAAUCCGCAGAUCUCGCCGAUGACAAGGAGUCGGUCGAUGCGCGCAGCGUUUUCGUGGGCAACGUGGACUACUCCGUCUCACCAGAGGAGAUCCAAGAACAUUUCCAGAGCUGCGGAUCGAUCAACCGAGUCACCAUUCUUUUGGAUAAAUUCACCGGCCAGCCUAAAGGCUACGCCUAUGUCGAAUUCUCCGAACCCAGCCUCGUUGCCCAGGCCUUGGUCCUGAACGAGAGCGUUCUCAAAGGUCGCAACAUCAAGGUCACACCCAAGCGCACAAACGUGCCCGGAAUGAGCCGUGGAAGGGGCCGUGGCCGCGGAGGGUUUGGCCGGGGCGGCUUCGGACGUGGUGGUGGUAGCUUUCGCGGAGGAGGUGGUCGCGGUGGCUACCGAGGCGGCCGUGGACGAGGCUACACUCCUUACUAGGAGCAGGGACUUGAUACUUUGGAAACGGCCCCUCCUGCGAGACCUUUUGGAAUUCCGUUUCCUG